AUGGGAGUGCUUCUAGAAAUUAUUGAAAUUGGGCUUGAUCUUUGUCCUGUUUCUGAGUCUUACUCUGGCGAAGGAUUACCAUAUGCUCCUGUAGAUUUUCCAAAUGCUGGUGAUAAGUGGGGUUGGAGGGCAGGGAAAAGAGUUUCAAGUUCAGGCACCUUUAGAGAUAGAUAUUUGUAUCUUCCGAACAAUUUUAAGGCUCCAAAAGGUGGACAGGAAAAUGAUUUUCGAAGUUUGGACUAUGAUGGGUACAAUUAUGUUCGAUGUGAAGGAACAAUAGAUGGAUACAUAUGUGGACAUGUUUCGCAUCUAGACUGUUCUCUACGAGCUUAUAUGGCUGGGAAAGUUGGAGGAAGCAUCAAUUUGGAUGCAUAG